GACAAAGCAAAACCUUAGAGGAGUUUUCCGGACAUCAAUAUCUGAUCGGUGGGUUCUGGCUCCCAGCACCCCCACUUAUCAUCUGUUUGAAGACGCCUCAGCUCUGCGAAAAUAUGAAGCCAGUUAUUGUCGUCCAUGGUGGCGCUGGAGUGAUCGUGAAGGAAUAUGAAGAUGGGUAUCGGUCUGGAGUAAAGAGGGCGGCUCUGCGAGGUUAUAAUAUACUGAGAGAAGGAGGAGAUGCCAUUACAGCUGUAGAGGAAGCUGUGGUGGUGCUUGAAGAUGACCCACACUUCAAUGCAGGCCACGGGUCUGUUCUGAAUGAAGAGGGAGAGGUUGAGAUGGAUGCUAUUAUUAUGGAUGGCAAGGAUUUAACCUCAGGAGCCGUAUCUGCAGUCAAAUGCAUUGCUAACCCAAUAAAGCUGGCCCGUCUUGUAAUGGAAAAGACAGAUCACAUGCUUCUGACUUGUAAGGGGGCAUCUCUGUUUGCUAAGGCACAAGGCAUCCCUGAAGUUUCCAAUGAACAACUCAUCACUGACCGUUCAAGAGAGAGAUGGAAGAAGAAUCUGAAACCUGGAUCAAACCCAGUGGCCGAUCAAUUAGGUCUGGGAACUGUUGGUGCUGUUGCCAUUGAUAGUCAAGGUAACGUGGCCUGUGCAACUUCUACUGGUGGAAUAACGAAUAAAAUGGUUGGACGUGUUGGUGAUACAUCCUGUAUAGGUUCUGGAGGCUACGCCAGUAACAGUGUUGGUGCCGUCUCGACCACAGGUGAUGGUGAAAGUAUUAUGAAAGUGAUUCUAGCAAGGCUUAUUCUACAUUAUAUGGAACAAGGAAUGUCUACAGAAGAGGCAGCAGAGGCAGGUCUCAACUACAUGAAAACACGGGUAGAUGGAAGUGGAGGCGUCAUAGUGGUUAACAGUACAGGUGAAUGGGCAGCAAAGUUCUCCACAAAGCAGAUGUCUUGGGCUGCAGUUAAAGAUGACCAUCUACACUGUGGCAUUUAUACAGGAGAAGACAAGAUUGAGUCUGUUGCUGCAGGCACGUCCACUAGUGAAUGUAAUCCCACAAUCUGACGACAAAAUGGUUCACUUCUUUUGUGUAUUCCUGUGUGAGUUAGGCCUCUUGCACACAACCGUAUGGCUUUUUCAGUAUUUUGGUGUCCGGAUCCGCAAAAAAUACGUAUGAAGUCUGUGUGCAUUCCGUUUUUUGCGGAACGGAACA